AUGUCGAAACCUCCUAUCUCCCAACCUCCCAUCUCCCACCCUCCCAUCUCCCACCCUCCCAUCUCCCACCCUCCCAUCUCCCACCCUCUUAUCUCCCACCGUCCCAUUUUCCCACCCUCCCAUCUCCACCAUCCCAUCUCCCAACCUUCCAUUUCCCACCCUUCCAUCUCUUACCCUCCCAUCUCCCACCCUCCCAUCUCCCACCCUCCCAUCUCCCACCCUCCCAUCUCCACCCUCCCAUCUCCUACCCUCCCAUCUCCCUCCCUCCCAUCUCCCUCCCUCCCAUCUCCCACCCUCCCAUCCCUCACCCUACCACCUCUCACCCUCCCACCUCUCACCCUCCAAUCUCCACCCUCCAAUCUCCCACCCUCCCAUCUCCCACCGUCCCAUCUCCCACCCUUCCGUCUUCCACCCUCCCAUCUCCCACCCUCGCAUCUCCCACCCUUCCAUCUCCCACCCUCCCAUAUCCCACCCUCCCAUCUCCCACCCUCCCAUCUCCCACCCUCCCAUCUCCCACCCUCCCAUCUCCCACCCUCCCAUCUCCCACCCUCCCAUAUCCCACCCUCCCAUAUCCCACCCUCCCAUAUCCCACCCUCCCAUCUCCUACCCUCCCAUCUCCCACCCUCCCAUAUCCCACCCUCCCAUAUCCCACCCUCCCAUCUCCCACCCUCCCAUAUCCCACCCUCCCAUCUCCCACCCUCCCAUCUCCCACCCUCCCAUAUCCCACCCUCCCAUCUCCCACCCUCCCAUCUCCCACCCUCCCAUAUCCCACCCUCCCAUAUCCCACCCUCCCAUCUCCCACCCUCCCAUCUCCCACCCUCCCAUCUCCCACCCUCCCAUCUCCCACCCUCCCAUCUCCCACCCUCCCAUCUCCCACCCUCCCAUCUCCCACCCUCCCAUCUCCCACCCUCCCAUCUCCCACCCUCCCAUAUCCCACCGUCCCAUAUCCCACCCUCCCAUCUCCCACCCUCCCAUCUCCCACCCUCCCAUCUCCCACCCUCCCAUCUCCCACCCUCCCAUCUCCCACCCUCCCAUCUCCCACCCUCCCAUCUCCCACCCUCCCAUAUCCCACCCUCCCAUAUCCCACCCUCCCAUCUCCCACCCUCCCAUCUCCCACCCUCCCAUCUCCCACCCUCCCAUCUCCCACCCUCCCAUCUCCCACCCUCCCAUCUCCCACCCUCCCAUAUCCCACCCUCCCAUAUCCCACCCUCCCAUCUCCCACCCUCCCAUCUCCCACCCUCCCAUCUCCCACCCUCCCAUCUCCCACCCUCCCAUAUCCCACCCUCCCAUAUCCCACCCUCCCAUCUCCCACCCUCCCAUCUCCCACCCUCCCAUCUCCCACCCUCCCAUCUCCCACCCUCCCAUCUCCCACCCUCCCAUCUCCCACCCUCCCAUCUCCCACCCUCCCAUAUCCCACCCUCCCAUAUCCCACCCUCCCAUCUCCCACCCUCCCAUCUCCCACCCUCCCAUCUCCCACCCUCCCAUCUCCCACCCUCCCAUCUCCCACCCUCCCAUCUCCCACCCUCCCAUCUCCCUCCCUCCCAUCUCCCACCCUCCCAUAUCCCACCCUCCCAUCUCCCACCCUCCCAUCUCCCACCCUCCCAUCUCCCACCCUCCCAUCUCCCACCCUCCCAUCUCCCACCCUCCCAUCUCCCACCCUCCCAUCUCCCAACCUCCCAUCUCCCACCCUCCCAUCUCCCACCCUCCCAUCUCCCACCCUCCCAUCUCCCACCCUCGCCUGCUUGCACCUCCCAGCUACCUGGAGCUGAAAUGCACAGGGAAGGCAGGCGGAGUGAGAGGGGCAUGGGGAGGAGGGAGGGGAGGGGUGUGGGGCGGCAGAAAGAGGAUUACCGAGGGAGCAGAGCAGUGGAGCAGCAGCACGCCAUACCUCCCGGUGUCACACCCACACGCCGCACAAGCACGGAGAGGGGUGAGGGGCGGAGGGAGACGGGUGAGUGGGGGCCGGUGAUCGGAGUGCUCUCUACCCUCCCUUGCCCCACCCUCUCACUCGCCUCCAAAUCAUCAUCACUCCCUUCCAUGCUCGCACCAUUCAAUCUCUCACACUCUCCCCUUUUCCUCUACCUCGGCAAUCCCUUCUGCCUCUCUCUCACCUCAUCCCUCUUCUUUCUUACCCUUGUUCACUUCAUUCUCCUCUUCCUGCACCGCGCACCCUUCUUCCAUCGCACUCUCUUCCUCCCUCCCACCACCAACUGCUUCUUCUUCUUCCUCCUCUCUUUCGCACAACACACCAGCACGCUCCGCUCCCUACCAUCGCCCUCCCUGGAAGCAUGCCCAUCCAUUCUACCCCUGCCGUCCUCCAACCUCUUGCACCAACAUUAUCUUCCAUUCUCCCCCCCUGCCUCCCUGACCGCUGCUGUCCAAUCCUAUGAACUAGGCACGGCAAGGCCUCCCCUCCCUCCCUCACACACUUGUGCUGGAAGCGGCAGGGCGAGGGGGCACACAGGCAGCAGACGCGCGGAAUGCACUGCUGCGAGCUGGGGAGGCUGCACGACCUGCCGUGGUCCCUCCUCUGCUCUGCCUCGCAUGCCACUACUGCAUCUAUCCUCCACCCGUUCUGCUCUAUCCUCCACCCGUUCUGCUCUAUCCUCCACCCGUUCUGCUCUAUCCUCCACCCGUUCUGCUCUAUCCCCACUGGAUCUCGCUCCGGAAUCACUCCUCCCUUGCAGUCGUGCUUCUCUCGCUGCUGCAGCAGGCAUGGAUGCAGAUAUGGGAGCAGGCAUGGGAGCAGGCAUGGGAGCAGGCAUGGGAGCAGGCAUGGGAGCAGGCAUGGAUGCAGAUAUGGGAGCAGGCAUGGGAGCAGGCAUGGGAGCAGGCAUGGGAGCAGGCAUGGGAGCAGGCAUGGGAGCAGGCAUGGGAGCAGGCAUGGGAGCACUUUGGGCAGGCUUCUGCGAGGCAGUGGCGGUGGGCAGCAGCAGGGCGUCGCGGAGAGAAAAGGCCGCCCCCACUGACACGCCCGGGGGCCAGGGGGAGGUAUCACGGUGGACGUAUGCUGGAUGGACAGUGGGGUGGGUGCUGGCGUGGAUGGUGGGGUGGAUGAGGGUGCAUGUACACAAACACAUGCACCUGCUGCCCGCUCGCAAGGCAGGCAGGGGGGUGAGUAGUGCAGGAGGCGGGCGGAGACGACGAGGUGGUCGAGACGCGACAAGCACCACUCGUGCGCGCCAUGGGCGCGCGCAGCAUGCGCUCUCCGCCGGCGCUACUACCAUGACCGUGACCGCUGAUUGCUCGAAGAUGGACCGUGAGUAG